CUAACCAUAUAUAUCUUCCAUACUCAGAACCUUAACCAAGCUAAAAUGGACACAUACCUAAUAAGCACCUUGGCAAUUGGAAUCGUUUCUCUAAUCAUCUUCCUCUGCUUAUUUCUUCUUCCUCCUUUCAAAGCUAGCCACCUUAAAGAACCCCCAAUUGUUCAUGGUGCAUGGCCUAUACUCGGUCAUCUUCCAUUGUUGAGUGGCUCAUCAGAGCCACUCCACAUGGCUUUAGGUUCCAUGACAGACAAGUACGGACCCCUUUUUACCAUCAAGCUUGGCGCCACAAAAACCAUAGUACUCAGCAGCUCUGAAAUGGCUAAAGAAUGCUUCACAAAAAAUGACAUGGUUGUCUCGUCUCGCCCCAAGCUUGUCGCCAUUGAAAACCUUUCCUACAACUUCACAAUGGUGGGGUUCGCGCCAUACGGUUCGUAUUGGCGCAAACUUCGCAAGAUAGUGACCUUGGAGCUCUUGUCUAAUCGCCGCAUCGAGCUACUAGCCCACAUUCGCGUCUCUGAAGUUGGAGCUUCUAUAAAGGAACUCGUUAGUGUUUGGUCGGAUAAUAAAAAUAGUAACAAUGAUGAGUAUGUAUUUGUAGAGAUGAAAAAGUGGUUUUCAGAAUUGGCAUUCAACACGGUUCUUAGAAUGAUUGUGGGGAAGAGAUACUUUGGUUCCAUGGACGCCGCGAGUGAGGAGAAGGCGAAAAGAUGCUUGAAGACCAUGAGAGAGUUUAUGCAUCUCGUGGCGGUGUUCACUGUUGGAGAUGCCAUUCCUUAUCUCAGGUGGUUGGAUUUGGGGGGUCACGAGAAAGCCAUGAAAAAGAUCGCUAAGGAGUUAGAUGAGAUCUUGAGUGAAUGGUUGGAAGAGCACCGCAAAAACAGAGUGUUGGAUGAACAAGACUUCAUGGGCAUGAUGCUUUUAAUUCUCAGGGACAAUGAUAUUGAUGGGAUUAAUGUCGAUACCAUUAUCAAAGCCACAACAUUGGCAAUGAUUGUUGGAGGAGUUGAUACCGUCACUGUUACCCUUACAUGGGCAAUGUGUUUGCUUAUGAGAAAUCCUAAUAUACUAGAGAAAGCAAAAGAAGAACUUGACACCCAAGUUGGAAACCAGAGAUGCAUAAAAGAGUCGGAUAUAAACAAAAUGGUAUAUCUUCAAGCAAUAGUCAAAGAGACACUACGGUUGUGUCCGGCGGCCCCUCUUUCAGCGCCGCGCGAAUUCACCCAAGAUUGCACUUUAGGCGGAUACCAUAUUAAGAAAGGAACUCAGUUAAUCACAAAUAUCUGGAAGAUUAACACCAAUUCUCAGAGUUGGCCAUAUCCAUUGGAGUUCAAACCAGAAAGGUUUCUUACAACUCACAAAGAUGUUGAUGUUAGGGGUCACCAUUUUGAGUUGUUACCAUUUGGAAGUGGUAGAAGAAUGUGUCCAGGAGUAUCUUUUGGCCUUCAAAUGGUUCACUUUACUCUGGCUAGCUUUUUACAUUCCUUUGAAAUCUUGAAUCCAUCUUCAGAACCUGUUGAUAUGACUGGAAUUCUUGGAUUGACUAAUGUUAAAGCUACUCCACUUGAGGUUCUGGUUAAACCACGUUUCUCUCCCGACUGUUAUGACUUAUAAUGUUACUAUUAGAUAUGAGAUGCUUCAUUGGUGUCAUUUUGAUUAUUUUAUUCACAAAAAUGUU